AUGGGGAAUGAGAUGAGUGUCUCAGAUUUGGGUGAACAGUUGGAAACGAGUUACACGUUUAUGAUAGAUAACUUCUCCCAUAGGAAAGCUUCGAUUAGGUCUCCUACGUUCUUAAGCGGUCAAUGCGAAUGGUAUGUUGAAGUUUAUCCCCAAAAAAACAAAUAUGACAAUAGCGUGUGGCUGUGUUUGGCCGUUGAGAAUCCUUAUUCAUCGAGCAUCUAUUAUGGAUGGAAAAGGAGAGCUAAUUUUCGCUUCAUUAUUUUAAACCAAUUCGGAAAAGUUGUCUACAAAACAAUUGACACAUCAACCUUGUUCAGCGGUCAUAAGCCAGCCGAGGGUGUUGGCAUACUUCCUCUUAGCAUGCUUAAAGGAAUGGGAGGUCUGGAAAACGACAAACUGAUUGUCAAAGUAGAAGUAAAAGUAGUUGAAGUAGCAUAUUUAACUGGGAGGGAGAUGUCUGAAGUCGAAACGUUCGAGGUUCCAUUAACUCAGGUUCAAACAGUGAGCAAGAUUUCGAAAAGCACCCGGACAUUGCAGUAG